AUGUCAAAUAAAAAAUUUACACCAUAUGUAUUUGCCGAAAAAAGUUAUUGGAGUAAUAAACACUACAAGUUUAUAAAUAAGAUAAAGGAUCGUAUCUUUAUAGCCGAAGAUAUAAAAUGCAAUAAUAGAGAAAUUGUUAUUAAGUAAAUCACUAAUUAGUCCAAAAAAUAUAGAGAGGUAAUUGCAACAUAUUAUUAGAACUAAAGAGAGAGAAAUAAAUAACCAAGAAUUUAAUUGAUUUAUAUAAAAUUAAUCACUAUAAUCUCCAUAUCAUUGAAUAUUAUGACUUGUUUGAAGAGGAUGAUAGUACUUUUAUAGUAAUGCAAAAAUGUGAUUAUAGUCUAUCCGAAUUACCCGAGAAAUAAGUUACUAAAUUUUAAGAAAAGAAUUCUUAAUUUUAUUGUUAUGUUCUUGAUAUAAUCAGAUAAAUCAUUGAAGGAUACCAAUUUUUGUUAUAUUACUUUGGAUAAAAUUUUUAACACAGAGAUCUAAAACCAGAAAAUAUUUUAUUCUUUGAUAAUCUCUUCAAAAUUUGUGACUUUGGGUUUUACAAAAUUUCAUAAGAGAAUCCAACGAAAGAAAUUGGCACUUAAAAUUAUUAAGCUCCUGAAUUAUAUGGAGAUAAUAAAUAUGAUAAUAAAUGCGAUAUAUACUCUUUAGGAAUAAUAUUAUUAUGGCUAUUGACUGGUUAAUAUGCAAAAGAUAAAAUUUGUGGAUUAAAUUCCAAUAUUUAAGACCUAUUAAAGAAUAUGUUAGAUGAUAAUCCUCAUAGUAGAAUCAGUUGGAACCAGCUGUUCAAGCAUCCAGUUUUUGUUAAAGAACCACAAGAUUUCCUAAGUACAGAAGGAGUUAAUAUAGCUUCACUUACGCUUUAUGACUUGUCUUUAAUUAUUUAGUCAGCAGAUUUAGAUAGUACUUAAUCAAGUUUUUCUUAAAAAAUCAACACAUCCUUUAUUUAAUAAAAUAAUUAUUUACAGGAAUUGGACCUAAAUAAAUUAAUUAGUGACACAUUCAAACAUUUAAAUGAGAAUAAUAUGGAACUUUCUAGAAUCCUUUUCGCACUUUGGGUAAAAAUCUAUGAUAAAAAAAUUCUGUAAGAAACUGAUGAAAUUAGGAGAAAGGAAUAUCAUCGACUUAAAGUAAACAUUUAAAAUUAGUAAUUGAUUCGCAUAAAUAAUUAAGUUGAUUAUAGAAUUGAAUUCUUAACAAUUUAGGAAUUAUGUCAACGAUUAUAUUAUCUUAUAGAACAUUUUAAGGGUGACGAAGAUUUGAUAAAGAGAUUGAAAGCAUUUUUAGAAAAAGAAAUGAAUUUAAAGUGA